AUGGCUAAGAGACCAAGAAAUACAGGCCGUACGAAGAAGCAAUCCAAAAGAAGAGCUUUUUCGGCUCUUGAAAUUGCGAGAAGAGAGAUUGAAGGUGAUGAUAGUGGAUCAGAUAUCGAAUCAUCCGGUAGACAUGGAGCUAUCAUCAACCCAAAUAAGGGAAGUGAUGAUGAGUCAGGAAGCGAAAGUUUUGAAGAUGAAGAGCUUGACUCUGAUGAAGCUCUAGGUUCAGAAGAUGAUUACGAUGUGUUUAAUUCCAAGUUUUCACAGACUAUUAGAGAUAAACGUAAGGCUAACAAAGAGAUUGAAAAGUACUAUGAUUCCGAGAACGACGAAGGUGGAUACACUUCUAUUGAAGAGGAAGAGUUAUUACCGUUAUCUGCUGUCUGGGAUAUGGAUGAUAAAUCUUCCACGAAGGACAGUGAAGGAGACAACGCAGAGGACUCUAAACUAACUUUAAAUGACAACCUUUCUGACAAAGAAACCAGCGAAUCUGACUCUGAGUUUUCUAGUAGUGGCAGUGACGAAGAUGAUGAUGAGGGCGAGCAAUUGGAGGAAGAAAAUCCGUUCGAAGGCCUAUCAGAUGAAGAAGACGAUGGCACGGAACUAAAGAGUGUUGUGUCGCUCCUCAAUAAAGACAAAGAUAAGAAGCAAGUUAAGAAACUUGAAAAUGUUACUGUUGGUGAAGAAAACGAAUUUGCUGUACCCACAAAUAUUUCUGGAGAUAAGCUUGACAUUUCUGCUAUGUUAGCCGCUGUUGACGAUCCAAAUAUUUCGAAGAAAGUCAAUUUGUUAAACGGAGAUGGGAAACAGGGCGCACUAUCUGUACCUCUACCACAGAGAAUCCAACAGAGGUUGGAAAGGAAAGCAGCUUAUGAAAUUUCUAAAGAUGAAGUGAACAAAUGGCAAGAUGCUGUUCAACAAUUAAGACGUGCUGAACACAUUUCCUUCCCUCUAAACCCGGAAGUCCAACAUAACGAGUCAAAUGUUUUCAUUAAAGAACAACCAAAGGCACUAACAGAAGUCGAGUCAAAAGUUGCAGAAGUUUUGGAAAAAAGUGACCUUGCAGCACCUCUAAAGGAAUCUACGUUCGAAGAAAUAGAAACAGCAAAGAUGUCUCCCGCAGAAAUGAAGAAGAGAACAGCAGAACUAAGAUUAAUGAGAGAAUUAAUGUUUAGAGAAGAAAGAAAAGCCAAGAGAAUCAAAAAGAUCAAGUCUAAAGCUUACCAUCGUAUAAAGAAGAAAGAACUACUGAGAAAUAAAGAGCUAAUUGAAUCUGAUGAAAGUGACACUGAACAUGACAUCGCAAGAGCCAAGGAAAGAAUGUCUUUGAAGCACAAAACUCAAGGUAAAUGGGCCAAGGAUAUGAUCAAGCAUGGUAUGACCAAGGAUAAAGAGACCAGAGAGGAAAUGGAAGAAAUGCUAAGACAAGGUGAAAGACUUAAAGAAAAGAUUCUCGGUAGGGAUGGAAAGGAGGACAGCGAAGACGAAGAUUUUGAUGCGAUAGAAAAGGAUUAUAACAGUGAAGAUUCGGAAGAAGAGCGUUCUAAAAGAGAAAAGAUUGGAAAAACUGGUGUUCUCAAUAUGGCAUUCAUGCGUAAUGCAGAGGCUAGAGAAAGAGAAGCAAACAAAGAGCAAUUGGAAAAUCUACGUAGCAUGCAAGAUGGAGAGAAUACAGAUCUAUUUGGUGAUGAUGAAAUUGCCAAAGCAAAUGUUGCAAUUAAUCAAGGUAGAAGAAUAUAUACCCCUGGUACUGAGGAAUCCCGCGAUGAACUCGUCAAAAUAAAUGCUGAAAUAGCAGAAGAAGUUCAAAUAGACCAAUCAAAAUCAUUAGUAAACCGUUUACGUGACGGCAAAAAGCAAACGGGAACAAAAUCUAAAUCUAACUCCAAGAAGACUAACUCAUCCAAUGAAGAUGCCACUGACUCAUCAAACCCAUGGUUGAAUGAUAGCGAUGAUGAGAAUCAAACUAAAAAAUCUACUAAAGUUCAUGUCGUUGACCAAGAUAGUUCGAAAUCAUCAAAGGCUGCUCAUAAGAUUAAAAAGGAAAUGAUCAAACAGUCCAAAAAGAAGUCCAAAUCUUCUAAGGAUGACGAUGUGCUUCUUGACUUGGAAGAUAGCAACACACUAAAUAUAGUAGAUGCAUAUGGGGGCUCUGAUAAUGAGGAGUCUGUACGGACAAUGUUCAAACAACAGGAUGUGAUUGCUGAGGCAUUUGCUGGUGAUGAUGUUGUUUCCAAAUUCGAAGAAGAAAAGAGAAGGGUUGCAAUUGAUGAGGAUGAUAAAGAAGAAGAUGUCACACUUCCUGGUUGGGGUGACUGGGCUGGUGCUGGUGCAGAGAAGAAGAAAAAGCGUAAAUUCGUUAAGAAGAUCAAGGGUGUUGUUGAAAAGGAUAAAAGAAGAGAUAAGAACCUUCAAAAUGUUAUAAUAAACGAAAAGGUUAACAAAAAGAACCUGAAGUAUCAAUCUUCAGCAGUACCGUUCCCAUUCGAGAGCCGGGAGCAAUACGAGAGAUCAUUGAGAAUGCCACUUGGUCAAGAAUGGACCUCGAGAACAUCGCAUCAAAAGAUGAUCAAGCCUAGAAUUCUAACAAAGGCAAGCACUGUGAUUGAUCCAUUAAAGGCACCUUUCAAAUAG